AUGACGGGGGAAGAGCAGAGGACAGCGGACGAAGUUGUGCCAACUGACAUCCGUGGCCUCAUUGCCCAUGCUGUGCGCGAGGACGGCGUCACCACGGCGCGCAAGUGGGAGGAUCACCGCAUGAAGAUCGGGCUAGCUUUGGGCAUUAAUGACGACGACAAGAUCAAGGCCAUGAUCGCAUCGGAAAUGCGUCGAGCUCGCGUGGAAGGCAGAGCUGCGUCAGGGGAACCACAAGUACCGGCCACGUUUGAGCUACGCACCAAGACGUACUAUAAGGGAACAUACGCCAAGAGCGGGUUCAACGUGUUCAUGAAAGAAAAAAUAGCGAUUUCCAAACUCUCGUGCGUUACGUUAGGGCUCCGCGCGACCGAUCCGACUGCAAAAUACACGGACCAGCGCUACGCUUCGCAAUGGAAUGCGUUGUCCGACGAGACGAAGCAAGCGUAUGCACGCAAGGCAGCUGAGCAGACGUCGGCGCCGUAUCGAAAGCUCUCGAAAACUGAGGUUUUGAAGCAGAAGAACGAGGCUUACAAGAAGGUCAGGCUUGGGAUGAAGGAGCUCGAGAGCCUCGGCAUCCAGACAAUCACUUACCACUACGACAUGAAAACGGACAAUGGUGGCUGGUUUUUCUCUGGCGAUCAAGCAAAGCAAGUCGCCAAUGAAAUCGAAAAGUACAGGGGCACAAGUCCUUAUAACCUGUUCCCGACCUUUGUUGGCCAAGCUGAAUUAAAGGCAAAGGAGCUAGCUGAGAAGUAG